AUGGUCUCAGUCAAUGAGAUCGUGGAUGUUAAAAACAUUGGAUUAUCUUAUGCAUUGGAAGAAUUCUUUAUGGCGCACCAGACUGCAAUAUUUUUCAGAGUGACAUACGUUACCCCCUCUCUCGAAAUAUUCUCGACAGUGGCACACCCCAACUCAAUCCAACUCGACACUAAGCAAGAAGUUAUACAAAUAGAUACAGGAAUUGGGAGGCAGCUUACGAGCAGGGGCUCACUCGCUGCACAUGACGAAGGAGAACCCGAAGCUUAUAUGGCAUCGGUGCAUUGGCGAUGA